AUGAUAGUUAGGUUUAAGCCUGGAUGUACAUUCCUUGAAUAUUCAUUUGUACAAAGAAUACCUGGCAAUGUGUAUGACUUUAUUGGUACAGCAAUAUGUUUGUUUGACCAAUAUAUUUUAACUUUGGCCAAUGAUGUAGGACUCUUGGUCAUUCUUCGGCCAGGACCAUUUAUAUGUGCUGAGUGGGAUUUCGGAGGUUUACCAGCCUGGAUAUUAAAGGAAAACCCUAAAACAGUUUUCAGAUCAAUGGAUUCAACAUAUAUACACUUUGUUGACCAAUGGUUUGACAUCCUUCUGCCAAAGGUGAAGCCACUCCUGUAUCAAAAUGGGGGUCCCAUCAUCACAGUACAGAUAGAGAAUGAGUAUGGGAGUUACUUUGCCUGCGAUCAUACUUACACAGAACACCUGAGAGACAAGGUCAUCUUUCACCUGGGCAAGGACGUGGUUCUCUUCACAACAGAUAAUGCUAUCGACCCAUUCAUUGAAUGUGGAAAGAUACCUGGGGUAUAUUCUACCAUAGAUUUUGGUAUUACAGAAUAUGAAAAACCAACAGAAAAGUUUAAACAUCAAAGAAGAUUUGAACCAAAUGGUCCUUUGGUGAAUUCAGAGUUUUACACUGGCUGGCUGGAUUACUGGGGAUCUAAACACCAGGUCAGAAGUACAGAAAAAGUCGCCAAAGAUCUCGAUGAGCUGCUUAGAUACGGAGCGAAUGUUAACAUGUACAUGUUCGAAGGAGGUACCAACUUUGGAUACUGGAAUGGUGCUAAUUACUUUGUUUUCCCAUUUUUUGACCCAAUACCUACAAGCUAUGAUUAUGAUGCACCUUUGACAGAAGCAGGGGACAUAACUCCAAAGUACCUCACACUAAGAAAUAUUAUAUCAAAGUACAAUCGUCUCCCAGAUGUCCCAAUUCCUGCACCCUCAACGAAGGUCAAGUAUGGCACGGUCCCGAUGAAGUUUUUGGGAACUGUACAAGACCUUCUGGAACAUCUCAGUCCUACUGGUGGGGUGAACUCUGUGUAUCCGCUUACCAUGGAGGCCAUAGGCCAGAAUCAAGGAUUUGCACUGUACAGGCAUGUCCUUAAAAAAGAUGUCAACAUUAACACAGUUUUACAAGUACCUGGUGUUAGGGACAGGGGAUAUGUCAUACUGGACAAUACAACUAUCGGCAUUGUUAUUCGGGAGAAAGAUCCACUUUUGCUUAUGAGUGGAAAAAAAGGACAGGUGUUGGACAUCCUGGUGGAGAAUCAGGGACAUGUGAAUGUGGGUCGGGCCUUGACAGAAAACCUCAAGGGACUGAUAGAGAAUGUUACACUUGGUGGGGAGACGCUUCAGGACUGGGUUAUAUUCCCUGUUUUGCCAGAUAAUAUCAACUCAACUGUAAUAUCACAACAGCCAGCAUUCAAAGCUGUGGACACCAAAGUGCCCUCUAUCUAUGUAGGACACCUGACCAUCAGUGGAGAUCCACAAGACACCUACUUGGACAUGACUGGAUGGACAAAGGGUCAGGCAUUACUUGAGGGUGAGAUCAAUCUUGGACGUUAUUGGCCGGUGGCAGGGCCACAGGUGAGAAUGUAUGUCCCUGCUCCGUACCUGCAUGGUCAAUCUCGUCCCAAUACCCUGAUCAUGCUAGAGCUGGAGAAGGCUCCCUGUGAUUCUGGUGUUUCCUGUAGUGUAAGCUUCGUCGAUCAUCCACUCAUUAAUGGUACAACAACAAUCUCAAGGUUACAACGACCUUGA